AGGAAAGAAUACAGAAGACAGUGUUAGAGAAGCACCUACAAAAUAGAUCUUUUGAAACAUUGAUGAGGGUUGAAUAAAUUAUAAAUGUGGAUCAGAGAGGGGAAAAGGCUUGUCUGCAAUCCACAGCACUUUAUUCCUGGCCUCUAAGAUCUUUUAUAAAAAAGGGCAUGCCAACAUCAAUACACACACACACCUAUACACAGAAGUGUUUUAUUACAAUCUAUUUCACACUUUUUUUUUUUUACACAAUUCAUUUGCAUGCGACAAACAGGCAUGAAUCUAAAUUAUUCGGCAUGUGAAGCCACCUUUAUGCCUGGUGAUGCAUUUACAUGUGUGCAAUUAGAAUGAUUAAUUAAUCAGCUUGUUUGUCUGCUGAGCGAAUUGAUCUGGCGAGCCUUUUUUUUUUUUUCCAGUGUGAUAUGUAAACGCAUCCAUUUUUCCUCAAAUGCAGAGCAGAGCAUGUUGGUGAUUUUGUAUAGAGAGUUGCGUAAUAUUUUUCAUGAUUGAAAUUACAUUUCUCGUUUCCAGAAAUGAUUAUGAAAGUGUUUUUGAUAUCUUAUGUUCAUAAAUUCCCAUUACUGUAUAUUUACAGUAUUAUCAAAUCUGAUAAAUAAGAUUCAUGAUUGACAUUAUUGAAAUGCUACAUAUAAAUUGUGCAUGUAGUUUAUAUAUUUCACUAUAUUUAAUAAAUAAAAAUUUAUAAGGUGGAAGAAAACUUAUUUCCCAGAAUGCACCUGUUGAGUUACAAUUCAGUGAAUUCCUCUUCUUGUCUUUCUAAUUCAAAUUCUUGCUGCGUGUGAACAAUUCAAUUCAAGCCAUGGAGUCAGUUGCUAAAGGAAAAAAAAAAAUUCUGCUAUUUUUCUACUAAAGUUUUUACAUUAAAAUUUUUAUUUUUUUAAUCCCUGGCUGUAACAUUUGUCAAAAACAUUAUAGGGUAAUUCAUUAUGAUAAAAUGGCAAUUAUAUGUUUGGAAUUCCUUAAACAGGGAGUAUCUCACAAUAAAAAUGUAUUCACCAUGUAGGAUAUUUAAUAGCUCUAAACUUUUUUUUUUUUUUUUCCAGUUUCCUGGAAGACUUUUGCAUCAUCAUCAUCAUCAUCAUCAUCAUCCAGGCACUGACCAGUGACUCUCAACUGGUGGGACUUCCAUGCCAACAUGGAAAAGUUGCACGACAUCCCUUCAUCCUCAAAACCCCACUGAAAAAAGCUACACAAGGCCAGGGGUGUUACCCCCGAAGAGGAGCUGGGCUGUCAUCGGGAAAAGGAGUAUGUGGAAUCCUGCAGAUUUGGCCCAUUUGGGACUCAUUAAGCUUAAAGUACAAGUGAAAUGAAUCCGAGAUUUAACUGGACCAGAGGACAUGACAGGAAGGAGGGGUCUGCAAUUUCUCCUGCAGUCAUUACCUCCGGAAAUCGGAAUGUAAAUACAAGACUGUGAAACCCGCGGGAGCCGUUUAAAUUCAGACCUGGAAUUUCCUGAGGGCGACUGAAGCAAUUACAGCCCGCUAUAUAUCUGCAUCUUGCCGAGUGACCCCAAACACCACACAGUCAUUAUUUCCAUAUCGCCUUGCUCUCACGCCCACUGAGAGAGGGAGCAGAGAGCUCAUCCGGUGCAUUGAGGGACGUCCAGGUCCUCAUCUGCGCUCUGUACAGCAUCAGCACCAGCCACUGCGUGAGAAACAAACCGAGUCGCAUCCCCGCGGAGAGCAGCACCGCGUGCGCUUCAUUCAAUCUGGAGCGUCAGAUGGUGCAAGAUGCUCCGCUUCUUUGUCCUCCUCAACACCCGAACUGAGCAAGUUAACGCUGGAAGGGACCAAUAGUAGUUGAGGGACCCGCGAAGAAGACACGUUUCAGUUGCACUGAACGGCUCUUGCAGGACGCGCGCUUGGAUUAUUGUCCUCAUAUCACCAUUCCCGUGGAUUUCCUGCUGGACAACUAAACACGCGCGUCGCGGCUUCCAGAGAAAGAAAACGACUCACUACUGUUUAAAAUGUGUUAAUUCGGUUUCUUUCUCGCGAGGGAGGAGCAAUGAGAGCGUAAACAACACUGGGUGGCUUUGUUUCUCAGACACGGACCCGUGGAAGAUCAUAUUGACAUGUUUUCAGUUCUGGAUCUGGAGAUAGCGUUAUUUCUCCGCUAACUUAGAGAAGUGUUGUCCGUAUCUCUUUGACUUUACAUUACACCUCAAUUCUACUUUUCAAACAAACACAUGCAGUUUUCUUCAUAUCUUCUUCCUAUAUGGUGGAGCGCUUGGGAUGCUUUCAUCGGAAGGGCGUAUUUGAUUCGCGUCUACCGCCUUUGGAGUGAAGAAAGAUCCCUUUAAACCCGCUGCCUGGGCAUCAUUUGUGGAGUUACAGCGACCCACGUGGAAACACGGACUCGAAGGAGGGCAAGAUGGGCUGUUGCAGUGGUAGAUGCACGCUGGCAUUUAUAUGUGGCAUGCAAUUGAUCAGCAUCUUGGAGCGACAGAUAUUUGAUUUCCUCGGAUACCAGUGGGCUCCGAUCCUCACAAACUUCGUCCACAUCAUCACAGUGAUUCUAGGGCUCUUUGGAACAGUACAGUUCAGACCGCGAUAUGUGACCGGGUAUGCCGUCUGGUUGGUGCUGUGGGUCGCCUGGAAUGUCUUCAUCAUCUGUUUCUAUUUGGAAGUGGGUGACCUUUCAAAGGACACAGACCUGAUUAUGACCUUUAACAUCUCCAUGCAUCGCUCCUGGUGGAUGGAGAACGGCCCAGGGUGCAGAGUGACCCCCGUGACCCCUCCUCCCUCCUGGGCCCCAGAAGACCAUCGCUACAUCAGCAUCGCCGGCUGCCUGCUGGAGUACCAGUAUGUGGAGGUGGCCCACAGUUCCUUGCAGAUUAUCCUGGCUGUGAGUACAGUCUAAUCCUUUACAGGGCU